AUGUCUUCGUCAUUUGAUCAGGAGUCGUCGAUCGAGAAGGGAGAGUUGGAUCCUAUCGUCACAAUGAAUGAACGCUCUCGAAUCACCUUCGAGCCAGAGGAUCGCCUCGAACGUCGACGUCGCCACAGUCGCCAACGAUCUAUGAGUCGCGACUCCAUCAGCAGUAUCAGAUCCCGAGCACAGUCAACUUCCGCCGCCGCGGGUUUGCCAAUUGAGUUCCGCACCCUCUCCUUUAACGUUGCUCAUUCACAGACGGUCAACGAUGUCGUCUCAGAAUCGAAAUGGAGAUCCAAGACGACCACCAAGAAGACCAAGACGACCAGCGAGAAGAUCAAGACACCAUUCAAGAAGACACCCAAAGUCGAAGACAAGCGACAAAACGAUGCAGAGCACUUCGAGAAGUUAGAUUUCCACAUCCUCGAUUCCGAUUCUGUGAUACAUGGAUUGUCAUCAUUAUCUGAGUUGGGUUUGACGUCCGAGUAUGCUUCGACUCGUCUUGCCACCGACGGCAAGAACAUGCUCCCUCGAAGACGACAGAACUAUGCCAAGAAGCUCUUCGAGUAUGUCUUUGCAUACAACCUUGGUCUUGCUAUCCUGGUCCUCAUCGUCAUCUUCCUCCAAGCAUGUUUCUCGGCCUUCCAAGAUUGGUCCACUGGCCGUACUAUGAACGCCAUUCUCGACCUCCUACCAGCUGACGCGCUUGUCAUCCGUGGUGGCCAAACUACAAAAGUGCCUUCGACCGAUCUCGUCGUUGGUGAUAUCGUCAAGAUCAGCAUCGGAAAUAAAGUCCCUGCCGACAUUCGCCUGUUGGCAACCUCUGGAGAUGUUCGCUUCGACAGAUCGAUGCUUACUGGAGAAUCCGAUGAGAUCGAAGGUGCUGUCGACUCUACUGACAAGAACUUCCUUGAGAGUCGCAACAUUGGUCUCAUGGGUACCAUGGUCACCAACGGCUCUGCUACCGGCAUUGUUGUCUUGACUGGAAAGAACACCUGUAUGGGUCGUAUCUCCAGUGCCAUGGCUGGUGCCAAAGAACAAACAACUCUCAUUCAGAUGGAGAUCAACCGUUUCGUCAAGAUCAUCGUCUGCCUUACGAUCGUCCUUGCCUUGGCUAUUCUGUUGACCUGGGUUGGUUGGCUGCGUCGUGAUCACCCAUCUUACAUGAGUGUUGUGGCUAUGUUGAACAACGUGAUGGUCGCGGUCGCACUGACAUUGAUGAUGGUCGCCCGCCGCAUGAAGAACAGCAAUAUCCUACCCAAGGGUCUCUCGACCGUCGAGACAUUGGGUUGCGUCAACGUUAUUUGCUCCGACAAGACCGGCACCUUGACUGAGAACAAAAUGGUCGUCACCACUGUCGGUUUCGUCGACGAGCAGCUUACUGUUGCUGAAGCUCUGUCGAAAAUGGAGGCUGGUCAAAACACUGUGCUCACCGAGCUCCACCGUGCUGCUGCGUUGUGUAACGAUGCUACAUUUGACCCUCUGUCGAUGGAUCUUGCUGUCCUGGACCGUGAGGUUCAAGGUAACGCCACCGACGGUGCUGUACUCAAGUUCGCAGAGGUCGCCCACGCCAACUCCACCAAAACACUUCCUGACGCCCACCCUCGCAAAUACCAGAUUCCUUUCAACAGCAAGAACAAGUGGAUGCUUACGCUCCAUGACGAGGUUGGUACCAACUAUGAAGUCACUCCUGAGAAGACCAAGUAUCUUGUCUAUGUCAAGGGCGCCCCCGACAAGCUUCUGCCAUUCGCAACUUCAUACUGGUCUGCUAAGAGCGGCUCUGUGAUGCCUCUUGACGCCGAUGCCAAGGCACAAUUCAGCGCUCUACAGGAACGCCUAUCUCGUAACGCAGAACGUGUCAUCCUUCUUUGUCAACGUCACUACCAUCCUGUCGAAACUCUCGGCACCAACGCUUUCGGAGAUGAGGUUCUGGAGAAUGGUAUCGCUGAUUUGACCAUUAUCGGAGUUCUUGGUAUCACCGACCCUCCACGCAAGGAAACUGCCCCAACCAUCGCCUCUUGUCGCCGUGCCGGUGCACGCUUCUUCAUGGUCACUGGUGACUUUGGACUUACUGGCGCUGCUAUCGCCCGCAAUGUUGGCAUCUUUACCCACAGUGGCGAGCCUGAUACCUAUGAGACCAUCGCCGAGGGCCAGACAUUCGUCAACGACAAUGAGAAGGGUGCUCGUGUGAACAGCAGUCUGCUGCUCGAAGGUCCUUCCAUCAACAAGCUCACCGACGAAGAUUGGGAUAUUGUAUGCAGCUACGAGGAGAUCGUCUUUGCUCGUACCACCCCCGAGCAGAAGUUGCGCAUUGUAAACGAGCUCAAGGCCCGCGACAACGUUGUUGCAGUUACCGGUGACGGUGUCAACGAUGCACCUGCUCUCAAGGCUGCUGACGUUGGUAUCGCUAUUGCUGCUGGUUCUGAUGUUGCACUCGAAGCCUCCGACCUGGUGCUCCUCGACAAGUUCGACUCGAUCGUUGAGGCUAUUCGUCUUGGUCGUUUGGUCUUCCAGAAUCUCCAGAAGGGUAUCGCCUAUCUCUUGCCUGCCGGUUCCUUCUCCGAAAUCUGGCCUGUUCUGCUCAAUGUCUUUUUCGGAGUGCCUUCGCCUCUGUCUUCGUUCUUGAUGAUCAUCAUUUGUGUCUUUACCGAUCUUUUCCUCAGCUUGUCGCUCAUCAUGGAGAAGGAAGAGUUUGAUCUGCUCACUCUGCCUCCUCGCAACCACAAGAAGGACCACCUGAUCAACUUCAAGAUUUACGCUCAAUCCUACCUCUUCAUCGGUGUUAUGGAAACCAUUUGCGCACACGCAAUGUUCUUCCUCUACUACUGGCGCCACGCGAGAAUUCCUAUCCGCGACCUCUUCUUCGCUUUCGAAGGCUAUUCAGAAGGUUUCCACGGAUACACACAAGACGAGCUGAACCACUUCAAUGUUGUCGGACAGGGCGUCUACUUUAUCACCCUGGUUAUCUUGCAAUUCGGCAAUUUGCUCAGUGUACGCAGCAAGCGCAUGUCUAUUCUUCAAGCCGACCCCUUCCGCGCCGAGCGUCGCAACCCAUGGCUUCUGGCCGGUAUGGCUGUUUCGCUCGCCAUUGCCAUCUUCGUCACCAUGGAGCCCGGUAUCCAGAGAAUCUUUGGUACCGCUACCGUACCUAUCGAGUUUUGGCUGAUCCCUAUUCCUUUGGCUUUGGGUAUCUUGAUGAUGGAUGAGGUUAGAAAAGUGUUUGUGAGAUCGUUCCCCAAUGGUCCUUUGGCCAAGAUUGCUUGGUAG